CAACAACGACCGAAGAUCAUUUUAACGGUAGUUAGCCAAUAACGUUACAAUUAAGAGAGAAUAUUCUACUGACUAGAGGACUAAACCGGAUAUGCGCGGGGGAAGUACUUCAUAACCGUUCUUACAUCCUCCUGGUACUUAGGCAGCUUGACUAGAGUGUAGUUAGCGAUGUCUUCGUCUACAGAGACUUGUGAUCAAAAUAUGAGGUCUGAAUCCUCCCCAGAGCCCCAGUAUAUGGAAGGUGCUGGUACCGUAGACUCCGAUGCCGAGUCUGGUGAUGAGCUAGGUGGUUAUUUGCUAUACAGGGAUAGAAAAGAGUGGGAGGAUGUCACACCAGUACCGCAAGACGAUGGUCCAAACCCUGUAGUUCAAAUUGCUUACUCCGAAAAAUUUCGAGAUGUCUUUGACUACUUUCGGGCAGUCCUGCAGCGGAAUGAGCAUAGUGAACGAGCGCUGAAGCUGACAGCUGAUGCCAUUGAGCUUAAUGCCGCAAACUAUACAGUGUGGUAUUUUCGUCGUGUCUUGCUACAGUCUUUGAAGAAGGACCUAACUGAAGAACUGGCAUACAUUACAGCAAUAAUCAAGGACCAGCCUAAGAAUUAUCAAGUAUGGCAUCACAGACAAAUGGUUGUAGAAUGGCUGAAGGAUGCCUCGGAAGAGCUUGAUUUUAUAGCUGAUAUUCUCAGCCAAGAUGCCAAAAACUACCAUGCUUGGCAGCACCGACAGUGGGUAAUCCGGGAAUUUAACCUAUGGGAUGGUGAACUGCAGUAUGUGGAUCAGCUACUAGAAGAUGAUGUACGAAACAACUCUGCCUGGAAUCAGCGACACUUUGUGAUCGCCAAUACUACAGGAUACAGCGAUCCAAAAGUACUAGACAGAGAAGUCCAGUAUACAUUGGAUAUGAUUGAAAAAGCUCCACACAACGAAAGUGCCUGGAAUUACCUAAAGGGAAUUUUGCGAGAAGAAGGUUUUUCUGCCUACCCUGGCCUACUGGAAAAGAUUUUGGAACUUCAGAAGACAAGAAGCUCUCCCUAUUUACUUGCCUUCCUUGUUGAUUUGUAUGAAGAUAUGUUGGAGAAUAACUGUAACAGCAAAGAAGAGAUGCUAAAUAAAGCACUGGAGUUAUGUGAUCUGCUUGCUAAAGAACAGGAUGCAAUAAGAAAAGAAUACUGGCGGUAUAUUGGAAGAUCUCUGAAGUGCAAAUUUGGUACUGAAGAAACUCAUGGUGGAGUUGCAGCAGAAUAAUCAAGACCAGAUCCAUUACAGAACAAAUGGAUUUUAGUGAAAAGUAAUGAAGUAACUAAAGCACCUGUAGUUGCUUUUGACUAAUACCAGCACUAAACUAAAUUCUCUGAGGUGUUUAAGGCAGAGCUUACCCAAUACACAGGAAAAUGCAUACAGUUGCUGUUCUUAUCUCCUGGAAUUGUGGAUGUAAAAAAAUCUGUUGAUCCCUAAAGCUUAAAUGUGCAGAAGAAGGUUAUUGACUGUGUCUGAAUUGGUUCACAUUGCUAAUGGAAGAACCUAUCCAUUACCUUAGAUCAGCAUAGCAGUGAGUAAAAGACUGUAUGAUGUUGCCCCCCUUAUAUACAUUGCAAAGAACAGCCUAGUGUAAAAUUAGCAGUUCCUCACAUUAUCUAGGGUAUGUAAAUAAUAAAGAAGUGAAUGUUUAUAACUUA